UUUGCAGGAGGCGGGCCCUGAUUGGCCCAGCCUCUGUGAAGGCUGUGAGCGGCGGGGUUAAGUGCGUCGCCGCCGCCCGGGCCUAGGCACGAGACGCGAGAGCUGAAUCCGCACCUCAGACCAGCAGCUGCAGUCGCUGCUAUGGGUCUCUGCCCCUACCGCGCCGCCCUGCUUCCGAGUGUCCUCCUGUUCCUCCUGAUGCUCACAGACCCGGCGCUCCCAGCCGGACGUCCCCCACCGGUGGUGCUAGUGCCCGGCGAUUUGGGCAACCAGCUGGAGGCAAAGCUGGACAAGCCGUCAGUCGUGCACUACCUCUGCUCCAAGAGGACCAUCAGCUACUUCACACUCUGGCUGAACCUAGAGCUGCUGCUGCCUGUCAUCAUCGACUGCUGGAUUGACAAUAUCAGGCUGGUCUAUAACAGAACAACCCACGCCACCCAGUUUCCCGAUGGUGUUGAUGUGCGUGUCCCUGGCUUUGGGCAGACCUUCUCGCUGGAGUUCCUGGACCCCAGCAAAAGCAGUGUGGGUUCCUAUUUUCACACCAUGGUGGAGAGCCUUGUAGGCUGGGGCUACACACGAGGCGAGGAUGUCCGAGGGGCCCCCUACGAUUGGCGCCGAGCCCCAAAUGAAAAUGGGCCCUACUUCCUGGCCCUCCGCGAGAUGAUCGAGGAGAUGCACCAGCUGUAUGGGGGCCCCGUGGUGCUGGUUGCCCACAGUAUGGGCAACAUGUACACGCUCUACUUUCUGCAGCGGCAGCCACAGGCCUGGAAGGACAAGUACAUCCGUGCCUUCGUGGCACUGGGUCCGCCCUGGGGGGGCGUGGCCAAGACCCUGCGUGUCCUGGCCUCAGGAGACAACAACCGUAUCCCGGUCAUCAGGCCCCUGAAGAUCCGGGAGCAGCAGCGGUCUGCCGUCUCCACCAGCUGGCUGCUGCCCUACAACUAUUCCUGGUCACCUGAAAAGGUCUUCUUGCACACGCCCACGACCAACUACACGCUGCAGGACUAUCGCAGGUUCUUCCAGGACAUUGGCUUCGAAGAUGGCUGGCUCAUGCGGCAGGACACGGAGGGGCUGGUUGACGCCAUGGUGCCGCCUGGUGUGCAGCUGCAUUGCCUCUAUGGCACUGGCGUCCCCACGCCAGACUCUUUCUACUAUGAGAGCUUCCCAGACCACGACCCUAGGAUCUGCUUUGGUGAUGGUGAUGGCACGGUGAACUUGGAGAGUGCCCUGCAGUGCCAGGCCUGGCGUGGCCGCCAGGAGCAAGAAGUGUCGUUGCAGGCACUGCCAGGCAGCGAGCACAUUGCGAUGCUGGCCAAUGCCACUACCCUGGCCUACCUGAAACGCGUGCUCCUCGGUCCCUGACUCCUGUGUCAGGCAGGGCUGUGCGAUGGCCUGGCCACCGCUGUUUCUUCUGGCUUCCGGGGCUACCUUGGCCCAUGACUUUAGCAGUUUGACUGACCAUCGAAAGCCGUGGAUCUUGGGCUGUGAAAAGCCUGCCAUGUGGAAAUGCUGUUUCUUAUCCUUCCUCUCUGGGAGUGAGGAUGGAAGACAUAGUCUGCACUUACUUGAGGGACCCUUGAUGGAAAGAAUGCUGCUGGUGGUGGAACAGUUGUGACCUCAGGACUGGCUCUGCAGGUGGAUUGGCUGGCACCUGGCCCCAAUCCCCAGCUCUGGGGCCAUGUGUCCCUCCUACCCCUGUGGCCUUUUCAUACUCGCCCACCAGGUCCUGGCUUCUUAGCCUUCCUGUGAGGGAUAUUCCUGAACUGUGGUCCCUAGGAUGGGCUCCUGGUCCCUAGGGUGAACCUUCUCACACACUGGCCAUAAGUCAGCCUGCUACCAUGGGUGGCCUAGCUGUCCAGACAGCCUGACAGUAGCUUUCUAGGGGGGCCCAGUUCCCCCUGCAGGCAGGGGUGAGUUGUGUUCUCCAUGGUUCCCAGGGCCGGGGGCAUUCACUCCUACCUCCCUUACCUCUAAGAACAGCUUCACUCAGGACUGGGCAGCAGAUGGCCCCCUGGUUCUAGGGGCUGUGUUCCAGGAGCCCUAAUCUCCUUGGUUGGGCUGUUGCCCACGUUAUUGAUGCUGGCUCCCUUUGCCCUGGGACUGUGGCUGAAAGAUGAGAGCAGGGCCUGCUGCCAUGGCCCUUUAGGUACUCAUGAAGAAGGAGAAUUCAAGGAAGCAGCCAAGGCCAAUCAGAGCUGCCCUGAGCUGCCUUCUUGCCAACCCACCACCACAUUGCCACCCUGCCCUAAGGUCUCUAGCCCCGAUGUGGGCUGGCACAGGCCUGAGAGGAGGUAGGAAUCUUGCCCACCCUGCCUAGCACCUGUCCCCACCCCUGGCAGCUUAGUGGCAUUUAGUCAGCAGGGACUAGCCCAGAAACUUGAGUGGGCCCCUGAGGGAGCCAGGUGCCUGGGGGUCCCCUGAGGGUUUUCUUCUGACUCUAGAGGUGCUGUGUGGGUCUCCCUGUGAUAGCAGGAUGGAGAAUCUGGAUCUGCCUUGGUGGCAGUGGUUUCCAGAUGGAUGACAGCCACAGUCAGGCUGGACUGUGCUGUUCUCCUCCAAGGUUUCUGUGGAGUGGGACUUUCUCUGUUGCAUUCCUACCCAGCAUCUGUCUUUCCCUUUGUUCCUGAGUGGUAGACCCCUCAUGGGGCUUUGAGCAGGCUGUACCUCGGUUCUGGCAAUAAAAGUAUUCUGAAUGUUGUAAAGUG